AUGAGUGCAUCAUGAACUAUUGGGAGCCAAAAUCAAACAUCAGAAUUAAAAAACUACAGCCUUCCUGGCAUAAUAUACUGUUUUACAGCUAAAAUAUAUUAUAUAAGUAAAAUUUUAAUUAUUAAUUAUUAUUGCUUCUCAUUCACUCUAGCAAGUAUAUCAUAUCUUAGUGAGCACUGUAAAUCAAUAGAAAUCGAGCGGACACAUUGACUAGUCGAGAAAAAACAGCUAACUGAAAAGGUAGCUCAGCUUGAAGGAGAAAAUAAGUCUCAAGAUAAUAUUAUUAAGGAUUUAACUCGAAGAAUAAAAAUGCUAGAGUAUUCUUUACGACAAGAACGCAUAAAAUAUGCAAAAUUAACCGGAGGCCAUCAUAGGGUGAACUCAGAUGUGAUUACAAGUAUUUUAUCUCGGGAUGAAAAAAAUGGAGAAGGCUCCGCAAAUGCUCCUCCAAAGCACAAAACGAGGGCUCAUAGACAAUUAUUGUCUAAAUAUUUACAAGAAUUAGGACUUGAUGAUAUUUUCAGCGGAGAUCUGCCUCCAAGGCCGUCAUUGACGCAUCAUAGGUCAAGCAAAAGCUACGGAAGUGGCAUCCAAACGUUUAAAUUAGAUUAUGAUGGUAUUUAUAGCCCCCAUUUGCUGAAGCGCCAUGCAUUCCGCAGGCGAUCUCCUGCAAUGACCUCCCUCAAGGCAGCUUGAGCCCGAGCCAAAGUCCCCGGUUUCUCGGUAGAGAUAUUCUUCCUCCUGAGCUGGAAAGCCAGAUUUUUUCUGGGAACCUCAUUUCCAACCCAAGUGCCAGAAUUUCUCGACCCUGCGUAGCUUAUUCCAGAUUUUCCCAUUGAGGGACUUUUUAGACUGGAGAGACUAGCCCUAGGAUCUUAGUCUAUCCUAUCUUCCCCCUUUUUCUCCGAUUAUCUUUGAGAAAAAAACUCAAUGUGCUUGCGCAUAUUCGGGACAGGCAAUAAAGCAGCUUAGGUAGGUAACUUGCCCUGCCUCUAUCAGACCUAUUUUCUACCCUGGCAAAAAAGACGCAAACAACUUCCGCUCGAGUCAGCUAUGAAUCAGCAUAAAUAGUACUGAGCCUUUCGCUUCAAGGCUAACCCACCCUAGGCAACUCCUUGCACCAUAAACAACCUCCGGAUAUGCAUAAGGACACCCGCCGUUGGGAGAACGGGUCACUCGUGACCCACCAUUUUUAUAUAUAUUGGUAUCCAAGCUUUAAUUGAGCCUCCUGAAGUAGAAAAUAAACCAAUUCCUAAGCCAGAACCUGUAAAAUCUUCUUCCAUAAUUGAAGAAAAAAGCAAGCGGUUAUGAGAACUCAAAGCUACUCUAAAAUCUCACAUGGAUGGCGUCAGAAGUGUAUAUUUCGCCCCAAAAAAUGGAAUUCUAGCGACUUCAUCUGAAGAUUGUGUAAUAAAGCUUUGGGAUAUUUCCAAUUAUGAAUCUCUAAAUGAAAGCAGCUUUUUUGAGCCUUAUUUUACUUUAAGAGGUCAUAAAGGACCUAUCUUUUGUAGCACAGGCAAUCAGAUAGGAAAUGAGCAGAUGCUAUAUACAGCUGGAAAAGAAGGAAAUAUUCGGGUAUGGGAUUUAAGGCCAUCUAAUGAAAUUGAUACUUAUAGCCCAGGACCAGAUAGAGGUUGUUGUGUAGGUGUAUGGGCAAGCCAUAAUGAGCCUGUCUGGGACUUGCAGCACCAUCCUGUGGAUAAUCUUUUAUUGUCUGUAAGCUCAGAUGGUGUCACCAAGUUAUGGAAGACUAUAGAUUCCAGAACUUCUAUUGAAAAUUGAGUUGAAGGCAGAGCAAGCUCAAAUUUGCUGAAAAAUUACACGUUUCCUAUAAGUGAUGAUGAUUUUCAUACCCCAACUUGUUGUGCUUGGAUUAUGACUGAGCUAAAUUCUUUCGUGGUCGGCUAUACAAGCCCAUUUUUGAAUAUUUAUGAUAACCAAACUGGCAAGCCAACAAUAAUAAAAUUUGUAAAAGAGCAAAAUGCGCCCUUAGCCACUUAUCAAAUAAAUUCAAUAGUAACUGAUCCAAAUCACAGCAUAAUUAAAAUAUGGCGUCUUCGUCUGGACAUGGCCUCCGGCCAUGCAGCCUCGUCUCAUAUUUUAAUUAUAUCCGGCAAGGUUUUGCCAUUUCAGAGAUGGACAGCAAUGCUAGGUAAGCAAUUCUGGUUGUGUGUAGAGCCUAGCCCAAAUCUAAUUCAGGAAUGGUUUUUUCCUCAUGGGGAAGGAGGGCACGGAAGUUGGAAAGGGGGAAGCUCAGCAAAGUCCUUUGGACCAAUCGGGCAACUCCCUAGCAUGAAACUGGGCGUUACGUCCCAGGCUUCGUAUUUUUCCUUUUUGCCGAGAGCCGACCAGAAAAUCCAUUUUUUGGGUUUUCGGAAAAGCAACCCAUGUCCACAAGUAAGUAGCUCACUCAUGAGUCGUCGAAGCCGGUGACGUUUGCCCUAGGCGCACCCUAGUGAUCGAAGCGGUUUGGCCCAGCAGCCUAUAGGCCCGAUGCAGCGAAAGGUAAGUGGCAGAUCUGGGGAGAGUCUACCCCGUAAGGGACGUUAAAUGUAUAAAUUCUAUAAGAUAAGAUCCAAAUCACAGCCUAGCUGUAUCUGGGCAUGAAGAUAAGCAUAUAAGGUUUUUUGAUUUAAAUAGCUGCACUUGUAUAAAAGAUUUGGUUGGACAUACAGAAUCAGUCAGCUCACUACUUAUGGACAAAUAUGGGAAUUAUGUGAUUUCUGGAGGACAUGAUGGGAGCUUGAGGUUUUGGGAUAUGAGGAAUUAUCAGUGCUUGCAUGAAAUUCCAGCUCAUAGAAAGAAAUAUGAUGAAGGAGUGUUUUCAAUUGCACAGCAUCAAAAUCUGCCGAUUUUGGCAUCUGGAGGCGCUGAUUCUUUGGUGAAGCUUUAUAAUAUGUCUGAAGAGUAA